CAGAUAUAGUGAAUGCAGGGUCCGGGGAGAUCAGAUAUAGUGAGUGCAGGUUCCGGGAGACCAGAUAUAGUGAAUGCAGGGUCCGGGGAGAUCAGAUAUAGUGAAUGCAGGGGUCCGGGGAGACCAGAUAUAGUGAGUGCAGGUUCCGGGGAGACCAGAUAUAGUGAAUGCAGGGUCCGGGGAGAUCAGAUAUAGUAAGUGCAGGGUCCGGGGAGAUCAGAUAUAGUGAGUGCAGGGUCCGGGGAGAUCAGAUAUAGUGAGUGCAGGGUCCGGGGAGAUCAGAUAUAGUGAGUGCAGGGUCC